AUGCUGUUUCUAGAAGGUGUUCAGAACUUGGGGCGUGUGACUGCACCGAUUUUCAAAGAGCAUUUAGGAAGAAACGCUGUGUUGAAGUGUAAGACUAAGAGGUAUGUACACAGCUCCUGUGCUCUGACAGCCAAACUCAAGGAUCCUCCAGGCGUGAAGAAACCCCCAGACGGCCUUCCUGUCUUCCAGUACAUCGGCAAACACACCAAGAGGGUGAACAAGAUCUUCGUCUGGGGAAACGCGGUUACCGGCGCGUUGGGCAUCCCGGACUUUCUCAACCCACCUCCCAGAAAGCGUGUCCGUAAGCACCAGACCGUACCUUACUGCCUGCAGGACUUUUCGCAAGAAGCGCGAACUGUUUCUUGUGGUUACGGUUUCACCGUUCUCACGAGUUCAAAGGAGCGAGGGAAGGUGUGGGGUACGGGUGUGAACACUGAUUCGCAGCUAGGCUUGCAGAAGGCCGUGAAAAGUACCCACGAAGGAGCGAGCGCGAUUGUCUUAGAUUACGUGAUUGCGCCUGCACCUGUGGAUCUGCCUCUCGCGCAGCUGCAGGAGACCCAGGUGCUUCAGGUGGCCUGCGGGCGGGCGCACACCCUGAUCUUGACAGACGGGGAAGGCGUGUUUUCCCUCGGGAACAACGCGUACGGCCAGUGUGGCCGCCCUGUGGUGGAAAAGGAAGACUACAGAGGCAGCCCACAGGUUAACAAGGUUAAUGUCAAAGGGAAAGUGAAGCAGCUAGCAGCUGGGCUUGACCACAGCUUGUUUCUAACCGAAGACGGAGAGGUGUACAGCUGUGGGUGGGGUGCCGACGGUCAGACGGGACUGGGACACUACAAGACCGAGCACCAACCUACCAGACUCCUGGGAGACAUCGAGGGCGAGAAAAUCACGCAGGUGGCGACAUUUGCCGACUGCUGCCUCGCUGUCUCCGAGAAAGGAGACCUUUUCGGCUGGGGGAACUCCGAGUACAAUCAGCUGGCUUCUGUGACAGAUACAACGCAGGUUAACAUACCCAGACUCUUACCGUUCGACUACAUCGGGAAAGCUGUACAGGUAGCAGUAGGUGGAACGAUAUGUGCCGUCCUAAACAACCAGGGUCAGGUGUACGUAUGGGGCUACGGGAUACUCGGCAAAGGUCCCAAACUUGACGAGACCCCCAUCCCAGAGCAGCUACCGGAGGCGCUGUUCGGACGAAACGAUUUCAAUCCAGACGUGACGGUGAAGGAAGUCAAGGCCGGACUGAACUGUUUUGCGGCGGUGACGACAAUCGGAGACUUGUACACGUGGGGCGUGAACAAACACGGGUGUCUGGGACUGGGGCACCAGAAGGACCAGUACUUUCCCUGGAGAGUCUCUCUACCAGGAGAGGUUCUGAGUGUAGACUGUGGGGUGGACCACAUGGUCGCCGUCAUCAAAUCACUGCUGUGAUGCGUCUUUACAAGAACAGAAUAAGUGAACAUUU